AUGCCCACCAACCCACCCCCAGUCCUCGAUCUAAGCUACAAAGGCGUUGAAGAAGCCUACGAACUGAUCAAAGAAAAAGUAAAGAAGACGCCAGUGCUGACGAGCGAGUCGAUCUCCAAGAUCGCGGACGAGAGCGGGCGCACGCGACUGUUUUUCAAGUGUGAGAAUUUUCAAAAGGGAGGGGCGUUUAAGAUCAGAGGCGCGACGCAUGCUCUUGAACGAUUGAGUCCGCAACAACUACAGGCUGGAGUGAUCACGCACUCGUCCGGGAACCAUGCGCAGGCAUUAUCAAUAGCAGCUCAAGCAAAAGGCGUCCCGGCCUACAUCAUCAUGCCAUCCAACUCCGCCCGCCCAAAGAUCGAAGCAACAAAGAGCUACGGCGGCAAAAUCUACUUCUCAGACCCCUCCGCAUCCGCGCGAGAAGCCCUCACGGCUUCAAUCCAAAGCCAAACCGGCGCGACCCUCGUCCCGCCGUACGAUCACCCGGCCAUCAUCCUCGGCCAGGGCACCGCCUUCCUCGAACUCGUCUCGCAAGCUGCCGAGGAGGACGGCGUGGAGCUGGAUGCGGUGAUCGCGCCGGUUGGGGGAGGAGGGUUGCUUGCUGGCACGGCGCUAGCGGCGCAGGGCGGCGGCGGCAGCCGCGUGCGCGUGUUUGCGGGCGAGCCGGCGGACGCGGACGAUUGCUAUCGUGGACUCGCGAGCGGCGAGCGGGUGCCGGUGUCGGCGACCACGACGGUCGCGGACGGGUUGCGGACGCCGGUCGGGGUGACGAACUUUGGGGUUAUUCAGAAGCAUGUGGACGCGGUGUUUACGGUCAGCGAGGAGGAGAUUUUGAGAGCGAUGAGGCUGAUUUGGGAGAGGAUGAAGAUCGUGGUGGAGCCGUCGGCUGCGGUGCCGCUUGCGGUUGUUUUGUCGGAGCGGUGGAAGGCCGAGGGGGUGAAGGGGAACGUGGGGUUGAUCUUGAGUGGGGGGAAUGUGGAUUUGGAUAAAGCAGGAGAGUUGUUGAUGGGGAAAGUGCCAGCAGUUUGA